CGGACAGGAAGUUGCGUGCACAUGUCUGCAGGAUCUACAUGAGCGAACAGCAUGGGGAGAGUUCGCAGGGGCCAUAAAUACCAGAAACCUGUAGUAGAUGAAGACGUAUAUGAUGAGUCCAUAUCGAAGGCAGAUGUCCCUUCCACAAAAGAUAUCUCAUCAGAUUAUUAUAACGAUGACGUUGAUAAGUACCACGAGGAAAAGUUCAAAAGUCUCAUGAAACAAGGAGUGGACCUGGACAGUGAUGAAGAACCAGUGGACAGUGAGGAUGAAGUAAUGCCUCUUGACAUUGAAGAUGACGACGACGAUGAAGAAGAGGAGGAUGAAGUCGAUGAUCAUAGUUCUAUGGCAAGUGACAUGGAAGAGCGUCACAAUGAUGGUCUUCCAAACGAGUUGGCUUGGGGUCAGAAGAAGAAAAUCUACUACGACACAGACUACACAGAGAGCAGAAAGAAAAAAGUGAAAAAAACGAAAGAAGAACUUGAUGCCGAGGCUGAAGAGGAAGAGGAGGAGGCUCAAAACGUACAAAGGAGAUUGGCUAAAGCUCUGAAUGAGGAAGAUUAUGGCCUGGAUUUCAUUCAGGAAUUUGGAGAAAAACCUUCGGAGGAGAAGCCAUCAGAGGAGAAGAUUGUUAAAGAUUUGGACAAAAUGUCAGAAAAAGAAAAAAGAAAGUUGCUGAAGAAAGAAUCACCCGAAUUAAUGGAACUGAUCCAAGAUUUAAAGUCAAAGUUAACAGAAGUGACAGAUGAUCUGGACCCACUUGUACAGAUGGUGAAGGAAGGAAGCAUUCCAAAAAAGGGCAGGAAGUAUCUCCAGACAAAAUACCAGCUUUACUUAAAUUAUUGUACAAAUAUCAGCUUUUAUUUGCUUUUGAAAGCAAAGAGAAUCCCCAUUCAAGGCCAUCCUGUGAUUGAAAGACUUGUCACCUACAGAAAUCUGAUAAAUGAUUUGGGUGUUGUAGAUCAGCGACUGUCUGAACAAAUUCAACUGCUUCAAACGAGAGGUGUGCAAGAGAUCAUAUCUGCUAAAGAAAAAUCUACCAAUCAGCUGCCAAUUUUACGGAAAAAAGAGAAGAAAGUUACCAAGAAUAAGGCAUUUAUUGACAACUCUGAAGACUCUGAUCUGGAUGAGGAAGACGCCUUGGAAUACUACAGAGAGAUGGAAAGCAAAUUGUUGGAAAAAAGAAAGCGUAAACAUGAAGACGUGGUUGAUGACUUGCCAACAGAAGAGAUGGAUCCCAAUGCCAAGAGAGCAAUUACUUAUCAGAUUGCAAAGAAUAAAGGACUUACACCUAAAAGAAAGAAGAUUGACCGCAACCCACGUGUUAAACAUAGAGAAAAAUUCAGACGUGCGAAGAUUCGCAGAAAGGGCCAGGUCCGAGAAGUCCGUAAGGAAGAAAGCCGAUACGCCGGUGAAUUAUCUGGAAUCAGAGCUGGAGUUAAGAAGAGUGUCAAGCUUAAAUAGACUUCAUCAUAAACCUCAUUGUAUAAUAAACAUUUUGUUUUAUUUUUCAUCGAAA